UCCGGUUCGUGUCAGUGUCGUCCCCGGCAGAUCAGCAGACUUCGGCUCAGCUCGGAGAAACAGCACCGGACUGUAUGGUGGAGAACCGUUUCAUAUUCUGACCGUUUUUCUUGGGACCGGCUGUAUGAUUAAGCUACAAUCUUCAAUGAGUAAGCAUAUCCCACAGUUCUGUGGUGUUCUGGGUCGCACAUUUAUGGAGUUUCUGAAGGGCAGUGGAGACUACUGCCAGGCUCAGCACGCUGCCUAUGCAGACGAGUGAACAGCAAACCUUGCCAUCCAUAUAACUUACUUGAGCCACCGGAGGGGCCCUGGAAUUUUUACAGGACCGGGAGACCUCCCAGAACCAGCGAUAAUUCAGCCUGGAUGGGGUAAUUCCACCCGCUGCACACUGCCCUCGUUGGCUUCCACCUGGCCAGACUCAAGGUGGAACCAGCCUUUUCUUUUUUUACUUUUCUUUUGAUUUCAUCCCAAAGGAGAGGAUUUAAGUUACUUUUCUAAUUGCCUGCCACUCUGUCAACUGGCAUCUCCUUAAACUUGUCCGCCAUUUUUGCUUUUUAGCCUUGCCAACUUUUAAGAAGACAGGGGGAUCUUUGUUUUGAGCUUCCUUAAGCUCAGUGGACCUUUGUGUUUUACAUUCCCUCUAACUGUUAACGCUUGUUUUUUUUUUUCCUUUUUUGGAAAGCGUUUACGUUUUGUUAUCCAUACAGUUUUUUUUAAAUUGUUACAAUGGCUCGAAUGAACAGGCCCGCCCCUGUUGAGAUCACCUACAAAAACAUGAGGUUCCUCAUUACCCACAAUCCCACCAACGCCACCCUGAACAAGUUCAUUGAGGAGCUGAAGAAGUAUGGAGUCACCACUGUGGUGAGAGUUUGUGAGGCCACCUACGAUGCCACGCUUGUGGUAAAAGAGGGCAUUCAGGUUCUGGAUUGGCCGUUUGAUGAUGGAGCUCCUCCCUCCAACCAGAUCGUGGAUGACUGGCUGAACCUGCUGAAGCUGAAGUUCAGAGAGGAGCCUGGCUGCUGCAUCGCUGUCCACUGUGUGUCAGGGCUCGGGAGAGCUCCUGUUCUGGUGGCGCUUGCACUGAUAGAAUGUGGGAUGAAAUAUGAAGAUGCUGUCCAGUUCAUUCGACAGAAGCGUCGAGGAGCGUUCAACAGCAAGCAGCUGUUCUACCUGGAGAAAUAUCGUCCAAAGAUGCGCCUGCGCCAUCGCAACAACUGCUGCAUCCAGUAGAGCCAAACGGCCUGCCACGCCAGCCCAACAUCUCCCUACGGCCAUUACUGAGAAGCUCAUCGCCUCCUCGCUAGCGCGCUGCCUGGCAGGCCGCAUCUUUUUUUCUAGCUCUUUGUUUUUUUGUUUUUGUCAUUGUGUUGAAGUAUUUUACUUUGAAAAACCAUGUGCUGUAAUUUACCUUCCCUCUCAAAGCUUAAAGAAAUCCUAAGUGUCUGAGGGAUAACGAGUUGUGUGAACCUCAUUGCCCACAAAAUGAGGAAGGGCAGUGCUGAGUCGUAUCUUUGUGAAAUGUUGGACUUAUAGUUGUUGAGUGUGUCCCCGAGACUUUGAUUGGCCGCUGCAUUUACAUUGAAUCAAGUAUUCCAGGAAAAAGUCAUGUGAUGAAUUAAUGAUCCCUCCCCUCCCCCCAUUAUUCUCUCUUUGUCCUUGGGUUGAGUUUCAAAAGAGUAGAAAGAGUUAUGCCUUCCUUCAGACCACCUGGAUCAUUCAUAAAUGCCUUACAGUUGAAGGGACGCCGAGGCAGUCAUGCCAGGAGUCUCCUCCCGCUGGCAUCUGGAAAAGGUGUUUCAUUUUUCUACUUGGAAGAAAAAAAAAAAAAUAGAAACCUGUUGCCUUUGUCUUGUGCAGGAAGUUAUGCUUAUUCCCUUUUUCUUUAGGUUUUAAUUUAAAUUAACCUACUGUCAUGAUAUUUAUCAGUUGAACUUUUAUUCUAUUUAUCAAACCUUCUGUUUACCGUUUUACUGCCAUGUCCAAAAUUAGAUUUUUAUUUUUUUUCUUCUUCUUUUUUGAAAUUCUAGUUCAAGUUCUUUUAGCUCCAAACUGGACUUCCAUGGUCUGCGAUAAUGUGUAUGCCUUUUUAUUUGUCCAUAACUUAAGACAUGCAUACUUGAUGAUUUUAUGUAUUUGAAAAUGUGUACUAUUGUUAGGUUGGCUAUUUAUACUGUCAAUGGAUGUGUGAUUUAGUACAGUGAGCAACAAAGUUGUACCUGUUCACCAACUUGUGAGAUUGCAUUAAAUGACACUGAAAAGAC